CUGCUUUUUUCAGUUUCGUUCUUCCGCCGGAGCUAUGGAUUUCGGUGACUGGCGGACUCAAUUUCUGUCUCAUUCUCGUCAAAGGAUUGUCAACAAGAUAAGGGACACCUUAUUAGGGCAUCUUCGGGUUUAUACUCAAGAAGUAGUACAAGAGCUUAUGAGAAUUGCAGUGAGGUUUGAGGAAAAGGUCUAUACUGAAGCGACAAGUCUGCACGAUUAUUUGCGGAAGAUAUCUAUAAAGAUGCUCAAAAUUGAAACUAGAUUUCAAAAUCCUCUACUUCCCAAUGCAGUUAGUAGUGGUCCGAGUGCCCACAGCCCAGAAGCUGUUUCCUAUGAAACUAUUUCUGGGCCGGAGGUGAGUGACGAGGAUGAGGACGCUGAGGACGUGUCAAAGGAGGAUUCUUUCAAGGAGGUGGCCGUGACAAAGAAACAAAAAUCUGCUGUUGGACACAAAGAAAAUGUUGAAGUUGGAGAAAAUGAGGUGCAAGCAUCAACAAUUGGGAAGAGGGGAUAAGGCGGUAGCUCAAUCAAUUGCUUUUUGUGAUGAUUGUGUCGAAAAUGACCAAAGGAAGUUGGAUACUGAAGAACAAAUAGCGCCUUGUCGGAUUAAAGCUUGGUAGGCUAAAGAGUGGCUACUAAUGAAUAUAGAAGUAGCAGUACCUAUUUUGAGGGUAAUAAUAGGACCAUAUUUGGACAAUAAUUUUUGUAUGGUAUGUUCAAUAUCAACUAAAGAUUUAUUUCUCAAUAACUGUAAGUUCCCAACAAAUGGAAAUGUAAAUGGUCCUGGUGGGAGUUUUUUCUUGGUUUUAGAAUUUGAAAAGAAAUAGAAGAAGCUAAGGAGAAACAUGAGAAUUGUGAGAAUGAUGGACCAAGGAUCCAUUGUGCCCCACCUCUAUUUUUUCCAUGGCAUUCAUUGGCCCCUACAUAUAGGGAUGCAUGGAGCUAGGUUUAUCCGACAUCUAUGUCUUCCAAUUUUUGGUAUGCACAAGUACACACUUAAACUUGUUAGAUAGACACAUUCUAUGUGACAUCCAGAUGACAAUCUCAUUCAAAUUCGUAUCUGAUAGAAUUAAGGGUGUUAAGUGGGCCAGGCUGGGUCAACCCGGAAUCGGCCCAUGAUAGUUAACUGGUUUGGUUGGUGGGCCAGGCCGAUUUGGGUUAAUUGGGCCAGGUCGGAGCCGGAUUCAAUAGUAAAAAAUUUAAAAACAAUCCUGACCCAACCCACUUAACCCAACCCAGUCAAACCCACCUAAAUCCGGUCAAACCCGGU